AAAGUAAAUUGAACCCCACAGUUGAUUGAAGUCCCAUUAUUGGUGUAGAUGAGAUAAUCCCAACAUUGAUGACUUGAGUGAAUGAUUGUUUUUUUAGACAAAUUGGAAUCUUUCUAUUAAAUAUAAUAUAAUAUAUACCCACGAAAGUCUUGAUUUUCGAGCCCCAAACAAAUUGUUUGUCAGAUUCUUGGAUUUUAAGAUAACUGUGGUGUCUGAGACAGCUUGCGUGCUUGACUAAUUUCACGGGAUACGUGUUACCUUCCACCGGCAAUAGAUACAAGGUGUACAAGGUGGAGAACCGUCAUUGGAACAUUCGUCUUUUGACUGAGUGGCACAACGGAGUGUGUUGGAACUGUUGUGUUAAUCUUAGUCUUUAUUAGUUCAAUUUAUGGGAAAAAAUGAAGAUGCGCCGUGCAUUAUGUAUUCAACGAUCUAGUGAAGCUCAACACAGUAACAUGGGUGUUUCUGGAGCUACGUCGACAUCUUCAAACCUCAUUCCCUCACAGGCAAUCCCGUCAGCAUCUAAGAGUCGAACAGUAGGGCAUCUAUUAUCUUUGACUUCUGGACCCCAUAAAGAUUUUAACUUUUGUUCUACCUCCUCUCAAGAAAGUAGGCAACAUAACUAUCCAUUUAUUUCAAGUGAAGCUUCUGCAGCAACCUGCCGAUCUUCACUCUCAAGUAUACAUUCGACAUCAUUUGAUAAUUGCCCCAUAGGGAACGACAGUAAUUCCACGGGCAAAGAUGCAUAUCAUGACUUAAUCAAUUUUCCUACGAACGAUCCUGUUCAGAAUGGCCAAGUCGAAAGCCUUGCAGUUGUCAUGCCAUCUGACGACCAGGCUAAGAGAUUUGAUUGGCAAGAGUGGGCUGAUCAGCUAAUUAAUGGCGAUGAUGAUGGUUUGGGUUCGAGUUGGAGCGAUAUUCUUGUUGAUAUCAAUCCUCCAGAAAUUAGGUUUCUGGAAACGUCUGAAGUCCUGGCUUGCGAAUCCCAUAUUCUUCCACCUCCUCCUUCUCCUGCUGCUGCCGCUGCUGCAUCGUCUGGGCAAAUUUGCCCAGUUGGUAGCCCAUCGUCUACCACAGCGCUGGCAAAGCCUCGCAUGCGUUGGACACCUGAACUUCACGAAGUCUUUGUAGAAGCCAUCAGUAAGCUUGGCGGUAGCGAAAAAGCUACACCAAAGGGAGUCUUGAAGAUCAUGAAUGUUGAAGGCCUAACCAUCUAUCAUGUCAAAAGCCACUUGCAGAAAUAUAGAACUGCCAGAUAUAAACCAGAACCCUCGGAAGGAACACCGGAAAAGAAGCCCACCAGUGUCAUAGAGAUGCCAUCGUUGGACCUGAAAAUGACUAUGGGAAUAACAGAAGCGCUGAGACUGCAGAUGGAAGUACAAAAGCAGCUUCAUGAACAACUUGAGAUCCAAAGAAAGUUGCAGUUGCGGAUUGAAGAACAAGGUAAAUACCUCGAAAUGAUGUUUGAGAGGACGAAGGACAUUGGGAAAGAUUUCAAGGUAUCAUCAUCAAUAACAGAUGAACAUCCUUCACCAUCAACCGAGACAAAGCAUUCGCCUCCCAACGACAAAUCAGAAGCACUCGAGAAAGAUCCUGUUAGUUUGAAUGAUCGUUCAAGUUCUGGAGGGAAAUCACCGGACAAGAAAGCUCGUGAAGAUCACGACACAGAUGGUACAGACUCGUGUUGUUCACCUCCGUCAAAACGAGCAAGAACUGAGGAAAGGUCAGCUGUUCAUGAAUCUUGAUAGACUCAUUUGUAAUAUGUAGCCCAGCAGGAUAGCUGAAAUGUGAAUUGUUGUCUCUGCAAAUAUUAUCGACUUGAUGAAAGCUUCCGGCUUGAAAAUAAUUGUCUUCUUUGGUUGUUUCA